GCUGCCUGUUGCUGAGUAGAAGACAGCAGAAAACCCUGAAUUCAAGCAUCUGUUGGGUUUUGUUUUGCUUUGUUUUGUUUAUUUUCAUUUUGACUUAAGAAGAUGAGCAAUGAAACCACAACCCUGAUAUCCUUGAAGGAGGCCAUGAAAAGAGUAGACCACAAACUCCAAGCUUUAGAAGCACAGUUCAAAGAUCUGGACUUCACCAUGGAUAAUCUGACACAGAAAUUUGAACAUCACAGUAAAACUUUGGCAAGCCAAGCCGCCCAGGAGGAGAUGUGGACAGCAGCUUGGACCCUCAAGUUCACUUCAAUGGAAUUCAAUAUUUUAUACAGCUAUGUCAUUGAAGUACUGAUCUAUUUGCACACUCGUGUGCUUGAGAAGCUGCCAGAUCUGGGGAGGGGUCUUCCCACUUUAGCCUCUGUCUUUAGACGAAAAGUCAAGAGCAAGCGUGUUAGAGCUGUGUGGGAGUCUGUCCUGGAGGAGUACGGGCUACAAGAAGGGGAUGUCGCAGCACUGUGUACCUUCUUUAUUGCACACGGAAACAAGGCAGAGCACUAUGCUGCCAAAGCGAGGCAGAUGUACAUCAAAGACGUCUCCUUCUUGAUCACCAACAUGGUGAAGAACCCGGCUCUGCGGGAUGGUUUGUUGAGGGCUGUGCAGGUAAUUGAAAAGGGGAAAGCAGUGAGGACCCCUGAAGAGCAAAAGUCAUCCCUAAAAGAGUUAAUACCAUCACUCAGAAACUAACCUGGAACCAGCAGAGGGGAUCUCUCUCUCUGCCUCUCAAGUCAAUAAAAACACAACAAAAAAUUAACCUGUUACCUUAGGACCUCUUCUAGUAAUUUAUCCUGCAAAAGGGGAAAAAAAACAUGCACUAUUUAUUUAUUUAAGGCUUAUUUUCAAAGCCAAAAUUAAGAGGAGUAUUAAAAAUAUUAUGACAAAUGGAUAUAAUGAAUACUUUCUGUAUGACUAUAUAAAAGAUUAAAGAAGCUUUCUGUAUAAUGAUUUAGACUUAUCACCGAAAUUUAUUGUUGCUCUUGACUGCUUCUAAUAGAUAUUGUUAGGCAGAAGUAAACAUUUAAGGCAAACACUUAUGGCAAACAUGUAUACAGAAUGCAUAUUAGCUUAUGUGUCCAUCAACAACUUCUGCAGAGAAGAAAGUGAUAGUAUUUGUUGUCCUAGAAAAGAAAACUGAGGCUGGGGGUGACAAGGAAAAGACUAGGAAGUCUUUUCAUUGCUACUCCAUUUGAGACAUUUUGAACUUUGAACCAUGUGAAUAUAUGACCUAUUAAAAGACAAAUAAAUAAUA